AUGUCUCUUCACCAACGACAACUACCAACUUCAAAUUACAAAAUCAAGGAAAGAUCUUUGUGGACCAGAUUGGAAGAGGAUUACUAUUUGUUAUUUAUCAUUUCUAGUGGCUUGACCUUGUGUAGAAUAGUUUCUGGAAUAAUUUCACUUUCGUUCACACUAGUACUUUCUUCCGAAUUGUCAAAUGAAUGCAUUAAGGGCAUGCUUACCAAUGGUCUCACCGCUUUUGAUUCAGUAUUACCUUUUACUUAUACACAAUUUGGAGUUAUUAGUCUUGUCUUUUUACUAAUUCCAAUUAAUCACCUAGUGCUCUAUUUUUGGUUGAAGAAGAAUUCCAGAGUAUAUAGAUAUAUUGUUGGAUUAUCCAGAAGAUUUGAAAGAGAUGAAGAUUAA